GUCGGCGACAGCGCGGAAAAGGGUCGUUGAAAACCACCUGUUCGAAAAGUUCUUUGGCAUCGUAGUUCUACAAAGUUUCAAGUUUGAAAGGAUUGUUGCAAAUUCGGAUUUAAAGUUUUCCAGAAGUUCCCUAGACUUACGAACGCAUUGCCCGGUUUUAUGGUGCAAUUUUUUUAAGUUCAACAAUUAUGGAUCGCCCACCGUCUCAUCCGCCAAACCUACCGCUCCCAUAAUCAUAUCACCCAACAGUAGCAACUCAAGAUGUCCUAGAGGGUGCAAAAACAGAAUCAGCACGAUGGAAACCAGCACUCCUUUCACCUUCGCGGAAAGCUCUACGGAGUUGAUGUUGGAUGAUCUUGACACUAACGGCACGUGCGAGCUCAUCCAUCCAGACAGCAUCAUGCGCAACGUGAUGUUCCGCUCCAUCAUCUACAGCGGCUACGCGAUCAUAUUCGUGAUAGGAUUAGUGGGCAAUACGUUUGUGUGCUACGUAGUGAUGUCGUCACCGCGUAUGAAAACGGUGACGAACUACUUCAUCAUGAACUUGGCAGUGGGCGACAUGCUGAUCACGCUGCUAUGCGUUCCGUUCACUGUGGUAGCCCUGUUGGAUCAGUACUGGUCUUUCGGCACGUUCAUGUGUCCGUUGGUCAGCUACGUCACUUCGCUCUCCGUGUUUGUCAGCGCCUACACUUUGGUAGCAAUCAGCAUAGACAAAUAUAUGCUGAUAAUGUGGCCACUCAAGCCACGGAUCUCCAAGCGUUCUGCCACCGCCAUCAUUGGGCUAGUAUGGCUUAUCGCUGGCACCACAGUGCUGCCCACUGGUACCUUUUCGCGGCUAGUGCAGCCAACCGGCGAGAACAAUUCCAGGACGAUAUAUCAUAAAUGUGACAAGUACUUAUGCCAGGAGGAUUUUUCGUCGGUGGGCUUGGAAUACCAUUCGCUCUACACCACCGUGUUGAUGGUACUCCAGUACAUCAUACCCUGCGUUGUGCUGUUGUUCACCUACGUCAGCAUCGCAGUGGUGGUCUGGUGUCAUAGGAUACCUGGCGAGGCUGAGAAUAUCCGGGACAAACGUCUGGUUCGCUCAAAACGAAAGAUGAUCAAAAUGAUGGUUAUCGUGGUCUGCGUUUACACGAUAUGCUGGCUUCCUUACAACGUUCUUUUGAUGACUCUGGACAGCAUUGAAGAGACUAUCAUGCCAUUCAUAUAUUUCCCCACGCACGCGCUGGCCAUGUCACAUACAUGUUACAACCCCAUCAUCUACUGCUACAUGAACGCGAGGUUCAGGGAGGGUCUGUUCGUCCUUUUGAGGGCAAUACCUUGCUUGAAGUCGUGUUACAUUAGGACGGCCCGGGAUUCGUCUUCGUCCAGUUUCCCUCACCAACAUGCCCUGGAAAGUAAGACCAGCACCACCGGAUUGCAAAGGAACAACACCUCUUCGACUUACAUCAGUCUGACGCGCAAGAAUCGUAUGUCGACCCACCAGAUACCCGUCAGGUCAGCAUCGCUAAUGGGCGGCUCCAUCCAUACCACCAACAACAACGGCAGGAGGAAAAGGGCCGUCAAAGACUUUGCCGACGAGCAGAUUUAGGCCUUUUAGUUACUUUUACUCCAUCGCUGGUAGGUGGUGCGAGAGUCCGGGAAUAAAAUAGCAUUGGCUUGGCCGCGUAUCUCAAAAUUCCUUGUUCAAAGAACAAUACCUGCAAGUUUAAUGGUAUUGGAAAGCGAGCCACGGCCAGCCUAUACCCCCAUAGCCCUUCAAAGCUUAUAAGGUUACUGUAGUGACAUCUAGUGGCAUAAGAAUAUUCCACAGAACUUGUUUUUCGGAACUGGAAAUGUUUGUGUUUAGCUCACUGUAUGUGUUUGUGGAUCAAGAGACCAUAGACUCUUGUUUAAAUAUUUAAGAGAUCUGAAUAAAAAGCGUAUGAAGGGGGAAACGUAUACGUUUGAGCACUGGAUGUUGUCGAAAUACAUGUGCGUAAUUUACCAAAAUUAUUUCGACUUGCUAUACAGCAUUGUACAUAUUUUUUAAAUAAUGACAAUUUGGUUAUAUUGAAUUUGAGGGAGACUCUAUUUAUACAACCAAAUAGAGACGCAUAUUAUGGCUAAGCCAAUGUCGGACAAAGAUUCGAGUUCGUCAGGUGGAAUCAUAUUGUAAUUCAUGGAUAACAGGUAAGUGAGACCAAAUACAGAGGGAGAAGGAUCCAAAAAAAUGUAUCCACUGUCCAUAACUUGCAAACUAAUUGACGGAGCCGUCUCAUGUUUGGAUAAAAUGUAGUUUAAAGUCUAACUUAAAGAUAUCACCAUUAACGUGAAUUAUUGUAACACAAAAUAGGAAUUAGAUGAACUUGUUACUGUUAACUAUCUGACGCAAUACAACGCUUGUAUGGCGAUUGUCGGAACUACAAAUUAUUACGCUACUAAAAAUGAGGCAACUCCGUCAAUAAGAUUGUAAGUAAGUUAUGUAUACUGGUAAUCUGAAAAAUAACAAUGUAUUGAUUGAGUUAUUGGACAACCAAUUCAAAACCCUUGCUUACUGCAAUUUGAAACCAGAGACGAAGUAUAGAAAAUCUAGCUUCACUUUUCUUAAUUAAAUUUGUAUGAAAGGAUAAAAUCUGAUUCCCUGAAAAUAAAUGGUAGAGGGUAGUGGACAAAAAAAGUGUUUCGCGUAGUGAAUUAUUAUUAUACUAUCUGGUUCCACUUGGGAAAUUGGUUGCGGCGUAUGCACGACAUUAGGUGUGUUUGAUUUUAUUUCUAGUCAUUUUUUUUUUACUUCCAAGUAAUUAUGACCGUCUAAAUGUACAAACGAAGAAACUUUGUUAA